AUGAGCAACACCAGCAGUGAAGACUUUGAAAAGGUCGACCCAUCGUCACGUUCAACUACUGAAGACAGCAAUGACAAGGAUCAAUGGCAGUCAGAGACUGAAGACAAGCACAAUGAAACAGAUUUGCUGACCGAGCGCAUGUCCAAAGCAGCUGCCAAUGCACCCAAGAACAAGCGCGAGUUUUAUCUCGCAUCGCAUGCCAUCUUCGUCCAAGUGGAACGGCUCCGAAAACAACUACGCAACAAGAGCAGCAACACAUCUCUUCCAUCGACUUUUCAACUUUCGAGAAACGAGAAAUCAGCAUUGGCAAAUUAUGCUAAAGAUUACACGAGCCUUGUAUAUGCAUACCUUGAUCAUGUGACCAACGCCAGCGAUGAUUCUGAAGACAAAGACCAUAUCCAAAACUUGGCUCGUUUGCUGGAUCUCACUGAGCGGGUUUGCUUUUCUCAAGAGGAUGGUGACAGCAUGAUUUCGGAAUUGCGUGAUUGGUUAAACUUCAAUUGGCCACUAGAUGUAUCAGAUGCUUGUGGGACCGACACAGUACAACGCGACCCUGAUGAUGACGAAUUGGUUAUUGUUGAGCACUCGGAUAUCAGCAACAAAUCAGAUGAGCAUAUGGAAGGACGUAAAAAGGAUCAAUGGCAUUCGAUUCAACGGUUAUUACUGCGUGGCAACAUCAAACAAGCAAUUUAUCUGCUAGAAUCACAAAUGCCAAAAUGCACAUCCUCGACGCAAGGACACCUUGUACGAUUUAUCAGCUUACUGAAAGCAAUGCCAUGUAUAUCAACACAAGCGACACUUCGACAAGAAACAGCAUGGUCAGAAUGGAUCAGCAAACGAAAGAUGGAACAUGAGGAGUUUAUGCGAUUGAAAACGGACGACGACGAUCAAAUCGAUACAUUGUACAACAUCAUUCAUGGCGACAAAGACACAAUCACACAAACGGGCAUAUUGCUGGAGAGCUUUAUUGGCACGAUGAUCUAUUGCGACCCUUUUCAGAACGCCAAACAGCUUGGUGACCUUGCCAACCUAGUCAAUGCACGCGUUGAUUGCGACAAUGUCACAGCAGCAUCAUUCUAUAUACUCACACACAAUUGGGACCAUGCAUUGAUUUCCUACGAUGAUUAUUGGCUUCAGACUCAUUUGGGACAUUUGCUUAUCACGGGCGGGCUUCUGGAUCAUGGUGAUGAUUCCCAAGAUACCAUUUUGGCCGAGAUGGACCAAGAAAGUUGCACCGGCCCUGUACAAUCCAUCACCCAUGUAUUUGCCCAGAUGAUUACCACAGAGUAUGACAUGUGGUCAGAAGCAAUCGAUUACAUUGAAUCAUGUGAUGUGAACCGAGAAUAUUGGGCAGCAAAUAUUUUGGACAAGCGAACCAUGUCAUCGGAUGUUCCACACUUGAAGGAAAUGAUCGAAUAUUGCAAGGACCGUGAUCUUUCAAGAUCCCGAAGGAUUAUGGAUGUGAAAAUCGCCAAAAAGUACGACGAAGAUGGCGACCAAAGCAACGCAAUCAUUCAUUACGCUCUUGCUAAGGAUAUUGUGGCAGUGGAUCAGGUAGCUGAACGUAUACUGAAACGAUAUCUCAAAGAAGGGAUCCUGGACCCCGUUUCUCGUGCGGGCGGUGCUAUCAAGGCUACGAUGAUGCAAAGCAAACACUAUGCGUUCUUGGUCGAAUACACACAUUUAAAAGAUCUACUUGAGGACAAAAAAUACAAUGAUGCUGCUCUUCUAUCCAAACAACUGCUACAGUCACCUGAUGUGCCAAAGGGCUAUGAAAUGCGUCUUCUGCUUGAUUUAUUGCCUGUUCUUGAAGCUUCCAAUGAUGUUGUGAUCUUCGAUGAAAAGGAUACGUUGAACUUAAUACGCCUGUUACAGCACAUUUCUCACCAAGACCCCUCAUCCUCAGCACGUUUGAAGCAAUGUUUAUCUAUGAAUUUGGCCAAUGCAUUAUUAGCUAGUAGCUAG